AUGAAGAGCCUGCUCCUGAUUGUCACACUGUUUGUCCUGGUGGCUGUCCUACAAGCUCAGGAUGACCUGCCCUUCCUCUCAGAAGAAAAGAAACUCUCAGGUGUCUGGUUCGUGAAGGCUACAGUGAGUGAUAGGAACCUGACAAAUCUGAGACCUCUGGUAGCAUUCCCUAAUAGAGUGUCAUUUCCAGAACAAGGAACUUUGGAGAUCAGGACCACCAUCAUGUCUGAGGGCCAGUGCAUCAAGGUUGGACUCCGUGUGCAGAGAACAGAGGAGCCUGGCCAAUACAGCUCCUUUUCCAGCCAUGUGCUUUUCCACAUCUAUGAGCUGCCAGUGAAGGACCACUACAUCAUACACACUGAAAUCCUUUUGUUUGAGAAAAAAUCUGAAGCAGUUGACCUCCUAGGAAAGCAUCUAAAAGAAAACACAGAAGCCCUGGAAGAACUUAAGAAAUUCAUACAGCACAAAGGGCUUCUCCAAGAAAACAUUAUUGUGCCUGAGCAGAGGGGGAUUGUAUCAAUACCCAAUGCCACAUCCCAUCAGCUGUGCUUCAAGGUCACCUGCAGCAGCUCAACAAUAACCAUGAAGGCUGACUUAGAAGAUGCUACAGAGUCUGAUAAGAACUCGUGUGGGCAUUUAUGGCAGGAAAGGUUCUCUGAGCCCCCUGACUUACAAGGGAAAGUGGCAGCCCUGGCAUGCAGGGCAGUGCCAGAGCCCUUACCUGGGCUACAGUUUGUGUGA